AUGGCUAUGGCAAGCUCCAGUGAUGGCCAGUCAGUUCAAGACUGGGAUGGCAAUUGGGAGGGGUGGCAGUGGCAGUGGCAGGCAACUGCCUCUGGUCAUUGGACAAAGGUGUGGACCAAGACUAAGGAGGCUGAGAAGGAUGUCGCUGAUAAAGAGCCAGAGUCAGAGGGAGAGGUAGAUAUCCCUAUGGAGCCAGCAGACACUGAUGGCACAGAGUCUGAAACCAGCUCCAAAGACUCAGGGCACCAAGACCUCAGGGACAUUGAGGACCUGAACAGCUACCAGUUGUCCAGAGACUUGUUCUGGGAGGCUGAGAAGAGAGUGAGGUACACCAGUGUGGGCCUAACCCCCUAUGAGAUUCACUGCUUGAUGGGAGACCUGCAUGAGGAGUAUGCACACCAUGGUAAGAAGGUGGUGUCAUUGUUUGGCAAACCCAAGGGGGCUGGCCAAGCAGUGAAGGCCUUGCUGAACUUGUUUAGGAAGCAACAUGAUUGGGGCCAAGGGGAGAUGGUGAAAGUUGACACAAUCCACUUUUCUGUCCUGAAGCACCAGUUGGUGGUGGCAUGGUCCCAAUUAUAUGAUGACAUGGAAGGAAUGAGGCUGAAGUUGAACCAUCCAGAAAAGGGUGUGGUGUGUGAUUGUUUCCCUGCCACAGCCUUGAUGCCCAUGCUGUGCAUCCAUUCCAAGUUCACCAGAGUCCAGAUGAAGGGUGGAUUUGAGCCCAACAUCAUGGAGACCUUGUGCCCCACCUGCUCUUGGUGCAUCAGAUGUGGCAAGUUCUGCAAAGUUGCUAUGGCCAAGAGCAAGGGCAACUUGGCUGCCUACAAGGCUGUUUCUGAGAAGGAGCAGCAUGUGGCUGAGGGCCAGUUGGCUGCACCAGCCCUUUCAGAGUGCAUUGAGGUGGUUGCACCUGGGGAAGCUGGCCAGACAGGCCAGAAGGCAUUCACUUUGCCAUAUGGUGUGUGCACUUUGCCAGACUUACAGCAAAGGGCCUACAUCAACAAAGAUGGCAAAGCUGAAUGGGUUUGGGCCAGGGUGCACAGCUACUGCCAGAUCCAGAAGGAACCUGGCAGAAUGCUGAUGCACAGCAAAGAUGCACUCCUGAAAGAGCUGGGAGAGCUUCAGGUGCCUGAGGCUGGCCUCCAUUACAGGGGCAUGGACACACCAGCUGGUGAGUCUGACUGGAAGGACCACACUUUGGAAUCCUCAACUUUGCUUGGGGCCUUGGUGUACCUCUCCAAAUUGAGACAACUGAAGGAAAAUGCAAAAGUCAAAGCCAUGAAGCUCCUGUUGGAGCUGGCAGGGAAAGCCUUGCCAUUUGCCAACCUACAUGCUCCAAAGGCCUACUGGCCCCAUGGCAAGUGCCCAGCUCUUCUUCACACCCCAGGGCCUGACACAGGAUUGGGGCAAGUGAAAGGAAGGGGCCAACUGCUCUGGACUGCAAUUGGUUCCACUACCUUGCCUGAGCUGGUCUUCCACCUAGGCACCUGGCUGGAUGCCCUUGCUUUGGCCAUGAAGGAGGAGCCACUUCAGAUGCUCCCCAUUCUGAAGACCAAAGAAGGCAAUGCCAGGCUGCUGGCAGAUCCAGUGAACCGCAUGCUGCUUCUGUGGAAGCUUAGGAGAAGCAAGCAGCAUAGGUUGGAGAUAGCUGGCACACAUGGUGAUCUGGGUGGCAACACCAUCAGAAUGAUGAGGUAUGAAGCAUAUCUGGAUUGCCUUUUGCACAGCAAGGCCCUUGAGUAUGCUUUCAGUGGCUACAAGCAAGUCUGUGUCUCCUGGGACCCCAGCUCCUAUGGUGGCAAAGACAUUUUCAUUGGAUGCUUGUAUGUGCCACAGUGCAACCAAGCUGCAUACCUCAUGAGCCAGCAUUUGGGUGCCACCUACCUUGGAGAAUUGGAUGGGUCAUUGCUUGAGCUGGGCCAAGCCAGAAAACUCACCAGACUUGAGGGCUACAGGGAGGUCAAAGGCCUAAGCUCAUCACUGGAAGGUGUGGGGCUGUCCUUGAAGGAUUUCUUUGUGCCUGAAGGACUGGUGCUCAGGCCUUUGGCUCCCCAUGAGCUCAGGAUUCAAGGUCCAGGUGGGAGAUGGUACAUCCAAAAUGAAAAGACUGGAGAGACCAAACCUGAAGCCCCAGAGGACUUUGAUUUUGGGGCUCUUCCUGCUCUCAUCUCCAUUUCAGACCAAGGGCCAGCAAACACAGCUGCACUCAACUACUUGAUGUUUAGCUCCAAGGCUUUGCUUCUGUGGUCCCUAUGGGACCCUUAUCACAGAGCUUGGAACGACCUCAAGUUGGCCCUCAAGCGCUGUGCUGGUGAUGGGUGGAGAACAGUGCUAGAACUCACCCUGGUUGCCAAUAUGAACUAUGGCCCAUUUGGAAGUGGCAGUUGGUUUUUCAAAAAGAAAGCCAAAUUGCAAGACUUCCUGAUGACCAGGGAUGUGAACAGUCCUGCCUGGAACAACUUCCAGCAUCUUAUUUGUCAAGAAAGAAGGGUUUCUGAACCCAGCAAUCUGGAAGAAGCACAGGAACUGUUCACUGAGAUGGCUAGCCUGCAAUCCUUCAACACCAAAGGCCCAUUGGUGAAGCUCAUGCGCUGGUUCUCAUUUUUCGAGUCAAUGGCAUUCCUGGAUGGUGAGUUUUAUAUGACUAAACUCAUCCUUCUCCAUGCUGCUGAGAAAGCAGAUGCUGGCUCAGAGGCAGAGAUUGAUGAGGGCUUGCCACAGGAAAAAGACCACAAGAAGGAGCUUGCAGAGCUGAAAAAACGCAAGGGCACAUGGAGGUUAGCCCCAAGCCUCAUCAAUGGCAAAUCCCUUUGCAUGAAGGACUGCAUCAUGGCCUGUGGGAAGGCAAUAUGGCAGAACUUCUCUGAGAGAGCAAGGGAGGUUUGCUCCCCCAUGCAGGUGAAGGAGCUGAACAUAGCAUGUGCUCAGAGCAGGUUCUGGGCUUGUGAGCUCUUGGACAUGUUGGAAUCUUCUUUGGAGGAGGAGAAAUGCCUGAAGCACCUCUUUCCAGAAUUCCAAGGGCAUGAAAGUGCCAUGACCUGGCAUUGUGACCUCUUGGCCAAGCUCCUGGAGACCAGGGCAAUGAGCUUGGCUGUCUUCUACCUGAUGCCACCCAGCCUCUACUGCCACCUGCUGUCCUAUGACCCUGAGGUGUCCAGGGAAGCACAUGACUUGGCGCGGAAGCAUUGGGGCAUGUUGCUAGCAGCUGAGGAGGCCCAUGCUGCUGGUGCAACAGUCAAGCCUUUGUCCAGCAUCUACUGGAGGUUCAGCCCACUCAUCAGGGCUUUGUUCAUGGCUUUUGAGGAAGAUGCCCGCAAGCUGAUUGAGAACAUUCACCAACAUGGAAGAGAUCUUUGCAGGGCCAGCAAAUCCAAUUCCAUGUCGAAUGUGAGCAUUAUGGCCAAUGUCUUGAGAUGUGGUGUACUGGAGGGCAGGAAAGUCCCUAUGGUUGCUGCCAAGGAGAUCAUGAAGGCAACUGGCAUGGCCUGGCAUUCCAAGAACAAGGAGCCUGUGGUUCAAAAGUUGAGAACUCAUGGGAAGAAGCUGCCUGUGGAAUUGCAGCAGAUGAUGGCACCCAACAAAAAGGGCAAUGAGCAGUGGCCAUCUCCAAGCCCUGGCUCUUUGUUUGAAAGCUGUUGCUCCACAGACUGGCUCUUCCAUUACUUCUCAGACCAAGCUGCCACAGAUGCAGAUGUCAAUUCUGCAUGGCUUUGUUGCCUUGCCAGGCCAGGGGCCAUCUUGGCACAACAAUCCACUUCAUCAGUGGUCAUGGUCAUUGCUUCUGCAGAGUACAGCUUCUUGGGUGUGGCCAUGGAGGCCAAAGUGGGCUUGACAUUGGAAAGGACCUUCCACUGUGUUGUGAGGCGGGAUUCCAUUGGCUUCCACCACAUCACAGACUUGGAUGAUUGGUUGGAGUUGCAGGUGGAGCCUUGCCUCACCACAGCAGGAGGAACUAGGGGCCCCAUUGGUUGGCGGAAGAUUGCUGAGCCUCUCACCUUGGAUUUAGCUGCUUUGCUGAAAGGCAUCACCUUGACAUUUCUGCAGCUCAAGGAUUUGGUUGUGGCAUUGGGGGGCUCCAAGAAAGGCAUAGCUUCCAAGAAGGCUGCCAUAGAGCUCCUCAUCACCAUGGCCUUUGCUGCUGACAAAGUGGAAGAGGUGAAGGCAAUGUAUGCUGCUGAAGAGGAAGCCAGGGGUGAUGAGCAGAUGGACUCUGAUCUCUCUGAAUUGGUCUCUGAGCUUGGGCAAGAUGAUGCCAACACCCAAGACCUCAAAGACUUGAAGGAGAAGAAGCAGGCCUACAGACAAAAGAAAGCCCUCAAGAAGGCAGAGCAGCAGGUGCUGCUGCAGGGCAAGGAGAAGUCCAGGAAGGGCAGGGGCAAGGGCAAAGGAAAGGCCAAAGGAAAGGCCAAAGCCAAAGGAAAGGCACAGGCUAAGCCCAAGGAGGAAAAGCCCGAAACCUUCUUGGAAAGUGUCAUCAGGAGGGCCAAAAAGCUGGCUGCACAAAGGGACCAAGGAGCAAUGGCUGAGAUUGUCAAGCAGGAAAGGCAUGUGGAAAUGGAGGUGGCAAAGGAGAUGACUGAUGAUCCAGAACAGGUGAGAAAGGCUAAGGCUGCUCCUGCUGAGGAGGCUGAUGUUGACAUGAAUGAUCUAUUUGGAGAUGCUGUGCCAGAAGGCCCUGAUGCAGGUGCAGCACCUUCUUCUUCGUCUGGGCCUCAUCAAAGGGCCCCAAAGACUUACAAGUCACCUGAUGACAUCUUGGGCCUCCUGAACCCACCAGGCUGCAAAUUCACCUUGAGUGGCAUGGACCACAGGUUCAAGUCUGAGUGGGAGGAUGACCUCCCUGAACUGGAUCAUCCAUACAGCCAAAAGAGAUUCUCUGCAUCCUUUGCUAAAAGAAGAACUUGGCAGGAUGCCCUGAGCCUUGUGCAUGAGCGAAAUUGGCAGAAAUGGAACCUUGUGAAAGAUGAGUAUCUGCUGGGUGAAGGUGAGGAGCCACAGAAGCCUGGUGUGAUUCCACAGGAAUUGCAAGAUCUUUUGCAGGUGGAAAUUGCCAAGCUUGGGAAGCCAAAAACUUAUGCCAAGGGUGCUGCUGAAGUAGAUGACACCCAGAUGGCAGAGUGCACCACUUGCAUGCUCAGUGAACUCCAACUAGAGCAGCUGCUUUGGUGCUUGACUGGGCUUUCCCCUAAGAUUUCUGUGAAAGACUUGGAUGUGAAGACCAGAUGUGAGUUGACCCUUGGCUGGACUCAGAAGCAGCUGAUCAAGGACCAGGCACAGAGGGGAGCAGACCAGCAAGACAGUCCUCCCCCACCUUCUGUCUUUCAGAAGUACAGCAAGAUCAAAGGGCCCAAUGGAGAGCUUGAAGUAUGCCAUGUGGAGAGGGGCAUGAAGGUGGUGGUGGGCCCAUCACAUGCUCCCAUUGCCUUGGCCUACAGAAACUCUUGCUACUACUUGAAGCUGGCAGAGACAAGCAAGACUUCUGAGGUGCUGAUGAAAGCAGAUGAUGUGUUUGAGCAUGCUGAUGGUGUGCAAGCUUGGUAUGCCAAAGUGGCAGAGACUGCACUGCUGAACCAGGAGGACAUGUGGGCUCAGCAGUAUAUCAGCCAGAUGAAAGGCAUCUACUUGGGUCAUGAAGGGGCAGCACUGCCCACCAGGCAGCAAAAUUUGCUUGAAGCUUUUGGCCAAGCUGCACAGGGGCAACCACAGAUGGGACAGCUGCAGCAGCAACCAGCACAAUCACAAGGUGGCCAGAAGACACCAGAGCAGCAACCAGUACAGCAGCCUGAGCAGAGUGCCACAGAAGAGCCAGGCCAUGGCCAACAGCAACCACCUGGGCAGACACCACAACAACACAUAGAGCAGACAGGGCAGCAGAGGCAGCAACAAGAUGGUCAAAGCCCUGUGCCACAGCCACAGCAGCAGCAGCAGCAGCAGCAGCAGCAGCAGCCUGCUGACCAAGCUGUGCCACAACCUAUUCAGCAGGUGGGCCAACAAGCACCAAAGCAAAGUGGCCAGCAGCCAGAUGCCACACAGAAUAACCAGCAACCUGAGCAGGCUGCACAACAGCCACCUGCAGAUGGCCAGCAGAACCUGCAGCAGGAUGCAAAGCAACAGGUGGGCCACCUACAGACUGAGCAGCCACCACAGCAGUCUGCAGCAGGACAUACUGAACAGACUGACUCACAACAGCCACAAGCUUCUGCCUCUCAGAUUGGCCAGCCACCAGGCCUUGGUGAUGGCCCUAAGAAGCCUGGUGAUGGCCAAGUGAAGACACAUGGUACUGCAGGGGCUGCAGAGGCAGCCAGGGAAGCAGGUGAAGCCUUCAGCUCUGAUGCACUUCAACUAGCCAAAAAGAGGAGACAAGAAGCUGCAGUGCCUGCAAAAGCCCAAAACAAGAAGUCCAAGGACAAUGCAGUGGUGAUUGACAGCUGA